AUGCCUCGGAAGUCGAGUGCCAUUCCAAUCGUCGACCCUGAAACCAAGAAGAAUGGCAUACGAGGCAAGGAAACCGGAACGAAGAGUACCGUUCAACCUACGAAAAAUGACCAGUCCGACAAGAAGAACCCCAAGCCAAGCUCUACUACUACUACACCCGCCCCGUCAUCUCAAUACCCUCCUCUCCUCCAACCAACUCACGCUCAAGCUGUGAACCUGGAUGAGGAGUCGUCUUCUGCUUUCAACGUCUACGCCCGCCCUUUUGUUCCAACAGCUUUCGCUGUCAUAAACACGCUUCCUGGCAGGAGUAUAUCGACCAUCCCAAAGAAAGCUAUCAACUAUGACGCCUACAUCUCUCAAUCGCUUGGACCCGCCGCUGGCUUCCUUCCCACGCCUCGCAUUCUGGCCCCACCGCCGAUUCCUUCAGCUGCUGCCACAGCCAGCCUCGGCCCCCGUCACUAUGAGGCUUUCUUCGAAUACCAUCAGCGGCAGGAGAGGGAGGCUGAGGGGAGAGAGAUUGAGGCAUGUUCUCUCUAUGGUCAUGAGUGCAACAUCAAGCCGGCAUUUCCCUCGUUACAGCCCGACGAGGCUCUCUUGACCGUGCAUGUCCCCGGUCUCAGGGAAAACAGCCCCUUUGUGGAGGAAGACGAUGUUGCCGCGCCCGGUUGGACCGGCGUCAUCUACUUCGCACGAGUAAUGGGCGUUGCACGAUCCACCGAGACUCUUCAUCUCCGGGUCACUGGUCUCCCUCCGUUCUCUACCAGUUACACUGCAAGGUUCAACAUCCAGUUCCAGGUGUCCAUGGACAGACAUAUGCCCAUGUUAUAUGCCCUUCCCGAGGCACAGAAUGCACUUCCUCAUGGAGGCUGGCUCAACUCGAUGCUCUUUCCGACCUUUGUGGAUGUGACUAUUCAGGAGCAACUGCACCCAGGUGUCUUUGAGCAGCAGUUCUUUGACCCAAAACUCAACUUGGAGCAGAAAAAGGCCGUCGAAAGUAUCUGGUCACGCUGCCACGGCACGUUACCAUACUUGGUCUCUGGCCCGCCUGGCACGGGGAAGACAAAGACCAUCAUCGAGACAGCCCUGCAGCUCAUCAAGAACUCAACAGAGCAUAGCCACAUCAUCCUCUGUGCGCCUUCAGAUCCCGCAGCAGACAUCCUCUGUCAGCGUCUCAUCGGACCCCUCGAGCCUGGCCAGAUGUUGCGACUGAAUAGGCCCUGCCGGACAUUCGCCGAGGUGCCGGAUGCUCUUCUCCCUUUCUGCUUUGUGCACAAAGAAGAGUUCUCGCUGCCUCCUUUCCACAUUCUGAUGAGAUGUCGUGUGGUCGUCACGACCUGCAAGGAUGCCUCCAUGUUGACAAGGGGCAGAAUGACCAACAAAGACCUGUACGCCAUUCAGAUAGGCAUGCAGGAUACGUGUUCUGUCAUCAACCCGCGCCAGCCUGUUGCACCCGAGCCCACGCUGCACUGGUCAGCUCUCUUGAUCGAUGAGGCAGCCCAGGCGACGGAACCUGAGGCCCUGAUACCCCUUGUUGUGGUGGCACCACCCGCCGUGCGUUACUCUGGCACACCAGCGCCCUUGGUUGUCAUGGCUGGUGAUGAGCACCAGCUGGGACCAAGGACAUCGUUGGCACACUCGCCUCUCCAGAAGUCCCUCUUUGCACGGCUCUUCAGUCGUCCUGUAUAUGCUGAUCAUCCUCUGGCUCGAGGCAAGAAGGGCGAGGCGCCUACGCCGCUCACGCGGUCCAUCCUGCCUGUCUUGCGGCCCGCCUUCACCAAUCUCAUACGCAACUAUCGAUCGCAUCCGGCCAUCCUGGCACUUCCCUCGCACCUCUUUUACUGGGACACGCUGGAGCCCGAGGCGACAGGCACUGACCGUCUGUCCACGUGGGAGUGCUGGAAAGGUCGCCGUUGGCCUGUGCUCUUCCACGACAACCCCUCGCUGGACGAGCUCGAGCUUCCUGGGCUGUUCGAGGGGACAGGCGGCUGGUAUAACCACGGCGAGGCUGCCAUUGCGUGUGCCUACGCAAAGUCCUUGGUGCAGUCCGGGCUGGUCGAGCAAGAAGAGGUGUGCAUCAUGUCUCCAUUCAAAGCACAGGUCACACACCUGCGGAAGUGCAUCCGAAAGCCCGCGUACGGAAGCCUAUGGGAUGUCAAUAUCGGUCCCACAGAGGCUUUUCAGGGGCUUGAGAGGAGCGUGGUGAUUCUCUGCGUGACGAGAGCGAGGAAGAAGUUUGUCGAACGAGACCAGCAGAUAGGAUGGGGUAUCAUCGGCACACCCAACAAGCUCAAUGUCGCCCUGACGAGGGCCAAACACGGCCUCAUCGUUGUGGGGAAACGGGAGCUUCUCGUCGAGGAUCCAAACUGGAAAGCCUUUAUAGAUUUCUGCGAGCGAAACGGCCUUGUUUCCAGCGUCCCACAGACAUCAAAGGACCAUAAUGGUGCUGUUGAUGACGCGUUACAUCCCCAGGGACAGAAAAGCAUGCUGAUACCGGCGCCGAUCAACUCUGGCUUGCUGCGCAGUGCUGUACCCAGCCAGGAAAUAUGGCCUGGCAGCAUGAUGCAAGCGCCACCAGGCCCUGAGGAUCAGAACGAUUAUGACGACGACAACAACUACGACAACCUUAAUGAAUAUGAAUAUUAUUACGACCAUGAUUUUGAUGAGGUUUGAUGGCUGUCCAUCGCGGAGUUUUUGUGAGAAGGGAUGCAUCGAUGGGACGGGAUAGGACGGACAGGUUGGAUUGGAUUCAGGGCAUGGCAAAAAAAGGGUCUCGCAGGCUAUACACAUUCCAGUUGCAGGAUGUCUCUUUCUAUGGCAAUUUUGCAUCAAGGGCGUUUCGAUUUGACUGGCUUGCUGAUGGAAGGUACUUACUUGACUUUUUGUCAGUCAUCCCAUCUUCAUACUCAU